GUGUGUGUGUGUAUAUAAGACGGUGCCACCCACCUCCCCCUAAAAAAUAUUCAUCCUCGAUUUAACAAACCCUCGGCCUCCUUCAUGCACUUUCUUCAGGGUUCCCACUACACCACCAGCCGGUUGAAGGACCAUUACUGACAGCGGCAGCCGCGAUCGACCUGAUUGAUCAUGGACAUGAGUCGACAGCGGUGCGGGUCAUCUUCCUCAUGGACUAACGAGAAGCACCUCCGGUACCUCAACUCAGUGGAGGCUUCGUUUGUCCGUACGAUGCUCGACGGCAACAGUGGCGGCAUCGGCCAUCUCCGCCUCGACAGAUACAUGCCGGACAGCUCUGAAUCGACUCGGGACUUGAAGGUCCAGAGAAAGAAGAAACUCCACGCAACAGGUGUAGUGGGCCCACCUGCCAGAAUCAACGGCGCGGCUGACAAGAAACAAAGGAGACUCUCAUCUCCGCCGUCCCGCCAUUGCUCUCAUGAUCAGGUGAUACCACAGCUUAUCAGCAACGAAGCGGCUGAUGAGAAGCACGACGACACAACUGACACGAGUGUGGAGGGACCUGCAGGAACCCAUGCACGAGCUACUGCUGCUGAUAGCAACUGAUGAUCAAAUUCUCUAUCGCUCGUCUCUCGUGAACAAAUUAUGUUUCUUUCCUUCUAGUUCUAGCUACCUUCUGUAUUGUGUCGGUUUCUUUCAUUUAUUUAUUUUUAUUUAGCUUUUCUCUCUCUCUCGCUCUCUUUUUUAAUUUGCUUUUCUCUUUGUUUUCCUGUUGCUUGUUCAUUGAGCUAAUUAUGUAUGUAUCAGUAUGCGCUCGCGAGCGGGUGUGUAGAAGAGCUGAGCAACCAUAUUAUAAAGCAUUUCCUAAUUAUAAUUUAUAGCAA